AUGGAUUGGUUCAGUUGGCUAUCGAAAACUGACCUCGAUCCUUGUCUUGUUUACGAGUACGCCCUCACCUUCACCCACAAUGAGCUCGGCCAGGACGACAUUGCCUAUUUCAGCCACGAGUUCCUGCAGAGCAUGGGUGUCUCGAUAGCCAAACACCGGUUGGAGAUACUCAAGCUAGCGAGGAAGAACAAGGGGAUGAGGACCAUACACCCGAUUUUGUGGCUCAUGUUCGCAGUCAAGCAAACCAGGAAGUAUGUGGUCAAACACAUUCAGGCACUGCUGCAUCACCAACGCUCGCCUCUUUUGGUCGUUCCGUCAAGAAACCACAGCCUCAGAUGGAAGGUGUCAAUGCUGCAGAGGAACAAGAGGCUGAGGGCUCCCCUGGGCGAGGCAGAGUGGCCAAGGAUAGGGAGUGACAGUCCCAGGUUCGUGUCUGUCCCUGGAAUUUUAAUGCUGACAAACGGGAGCCCCAUGGCUGGCUCUCAAAGCUCAGGCUCAACUCAGAGCUCAAUUUGGGUCGAGUCUGAGGCCAAUGCUGAGUCGGGCCAUAUCACAACAGCAGAAGCACUGGCUAACCCUUGGAACAGCAGCUUUUCAAGAACUUCUAUACAUUCUCCAGAUAUGGAUUAUUGGUCGAGUAGCACAGUAGAAAUCAAGUGGGAUUCGAUGUUUAAGAACUUGAAGCCGACGUGAAUGUAAGGUACCUUUUUACUGCAGCAGAACGUAGCUUUAGGCUUCUGAAACCGAUCCUCCUCUGUUGCAUUUCCUCCCUCCCCUGUAAUAAGAAGGAUCCAUGUAUGGCGAAUCGAGUGGAAUAUAUGUAUACCCAACAUUUUAUAUAUAUGUGUAAAUUCAACC